CACUGCAAUGCAAGUAUCAUUAAAUCAGUGCGCUAAUUUGUGCGUGAGAGAGAAGAGAGUGACUCUUUUAUAAGUGCUUUGAUCUUUGCAUUCUCCGAGACCAACCAACAGCAAUGGCGGCGAGUGGCAGCGACGUCAAUGCGAGCUACAACAUCAAGCAUCUGCUCAAGAGCGACGCCCUGUACAAGUACAUCCUGGAUACCACGGUGUUCCCCCGAGAGCCGGAGUGCAUGCGCGACCUGCGCCUCCUCACCGACAAUCACCAGAGUGGCAUCAUGCAGUCAACGCCGGAGGAGGCCCAGCUGCUGCAGCUGCUGAUCAAGAUAGCGGGGGCCAGGAACACGAUCGAGGUCGGCGUGUUCACGGGCUACUCGCUCCUCGCCACCGCACUAGUGCUGCCGGAGGACGGCAAGGUGGUGGCCAUCGACGUCAACCGGAAAGACUUCGAGCUCGGCCUCCCCUUCAUCCAGAAGGCCGGCGUGGCGCACAAGGUGGACUUCCGCGAGGGCAAGGCGCUCGACCACCUCGACGAGCUCCUCGCCGCCGACCCCUUGGCUCAGUACGACUUCGCGUUUGUGGAUGCCGACAAGCAGAACUACGGGCGGUACCAUGAGCAGCUGAUGCGGCUGGUCCGCGUCGGCGGCACCAUCGUCUACGACAACACGCUCUGGGGCGGCACUGUGGCCGGCGUCGCCGUGCCUUCGUUAGACGUCCUGCCCGGCGUUGUUGUGGACGGUGUCCUCGCGUCCAUCGCCGAGUUCCUCAAGGGCUUCAACGCCGAGCUCGCCGCUGACCCGCGCGUCGACGUCUGCCAGAUAGCCGUGGGAGACGGCCUCACUAUCUGCCGCCGCCUCGUCUGAAUAGUACCAUGAUCCCGCCGGCUGGCAGGAUCUGCUCCGUCGCCUGUGUCCAACCCCUGGACGCAGCUUCUACUCAUGAUUUGAUUCGAUAAGAACUUGUGAUGUACUAUGUGCUUUCCAUGCUGUGUGAUUUCAUUCAAUAAGUCCCACAAUACUCCCUCUGUCCCAUAAUAUUAGACGUUAUUACAUCCAGUAUGUGCCAUAUUGGAUGUAGUUAUUAAUGUCUUAUGUUAUUUUAUGGGAUGGAGAGA